AUGGCACCACCGCCCAGCAAUAAUCCCCGCCAUUGCACUCGCCAAGUCCGCAUUGUGGUUGUGGUCCUGCUCCUCCUGUCGUCCAUCGCCACCACCCUCGCAGCCGCUGUCCCGUCCUCCUACUCCUCCCACUGCUCGUCCCCAUCUCCUGCUCCCGACCUUCCCAUCGACGUCGGCGAGGACAUUAAUGAACUCGUCAGCUCCUUCCAUCUCUCCACUGGCUUCUUCUCAGGCAGCGGUGCAGACAGCGUCUUCUACCCCGACAACGGUGGCGGCCUCCACCACCACCACCGCUCCUUCAACUUCAACCUCCACGACCGCUUCUUCACAUUCAUCUCCGACGGCGUCUCCCGCACGACCGACCCCGCCUUGAUCCAUCUCACCGCCACUCUCACCCUCUUCGGCUACCGUGUGGAGACCUAUGAGUACAACGGUGACACCAUGCGCGACCAUCGCGCCCAUUCUAUUUCCUUCCACCUCUGCUGA